UCCAAACCAGAGUGUAGUUCAACAACUCAACUACACAAUGUACGACGACGGAGGUGUCCAUAUUACAACUUGAACAUUUACCAUCUCAGGACUAAAAAGAAAAUAUCCAACAUGGCUAUACUAAAUGAUAAAGAAGACAAAGAAUGGACAUCCAACGUCAUGUACAGCCAGCAUCCGUCCUUACGGAAGCUGGAACCAAUCGAGAAACAAUAUCUGCUGGCGGUGGAAAGAGGAGAUAUCGUCAGAGUAACCAGAAUGUUAGAAAUGGUGAAAAAAAAUCCAUCUCUCAAACUCGAUGUCAACUGUAAAGAUCCAGUGGGACGCUCAGCUACUUUGAUGGCUAUUGAUAACGAAAAUUUAGACAUGCUUGAGCUUUUGCUUGAGAAUGGGAUAGAAAGUCGAGAUGCUCUCCUGCAUGCAAUUAAUGCAGAGUAUGUGGAAGCUGUUGACCUGUUGCUAGAGCAUGAGGAAAUGAUUCACAAAGAGGGGGAACCCCAUAGCUGGGAAAAAGUGGAUAGAGACAUUUCGACCUUUACUGCAGAGAUAACACCUCUAAUAUUGGCAGCUCACAAGGACAACUACGAGAUUUUGAAGAUCUUACUUGAUAGAGGAGCUACAUUGCCUAUGCCGCACGAUGUUCGCUGCCGUUGUAGAGAUUGCGUCCAAGCCAUGGAAGAAGAUUGUUUGUGCCAUUCGAGAUCACGAAUCAAUGCCUAUCGUGCAUUGUCUUCUCCAUCUUUGAUCUGUUUGUCUUCAAUUGAUCCGAUUCUUACUGCAUUUGAGCUUUCUUGGGAGUUAAGAAGACUAAGUUUGGCAGAAAAUGAAUUCAAGCAAGAUUAUAUUAAACUUCGAAGCCGUUGCCAAGAUUUUGCUACGGCAUUAUUAGAUCAUGCAAGAAGUUCUCGCGAGUUAGAGAUGGUACUCAAUUAUGAUCCCACCCGACCACCUUACCAACAUGGGGAACACAUGCCUCUUGCAAGACUGGAAAUGGCCAUAAAAUACAAGCAGAAGAAGUUUAUUGCUCAUCCUAAUGUACAGCAGUUAUUGAGUACAUUAUGGUAUGAUGGACUGCCAGGAUUCAGAAGACAAAAUCCUAUAUAUCAGCUUUGGGAUAUAAUCAAAAUAGGAGUCUUAUUUCCCUAUUAUUCUGUAUUCUAUAUGCUUUUCCCUCAUACGCAAACAGGACAACUCGUUCGCAAGCCCUUCUUCAAAUUUAUUAUUCAUUCUUUCUCUUAUUUAUUUUUCCUCUUUCUGCUGAUACUAGCAUCUCAACGGGUUGAGACUCUAAUAGCUCAGUGGUUUGGAAGCGAAGAAAUGCAGCUUCAUUCGCAUGAAGCUCUUAAAAAACAGCGGGGACAAUUACCAACUGUUCUAGAAACAGUAAUAUUGUUUUAUAUUAUCGCUCACAUUUGGCAAGAAACUAAAGAAUUGUGGACAAAGGGCUUGGUCUUAUAUUUUCAAAAUCUGUGGAACAUAAUUGACUUCACAAGGAACAGCCUUUAUGUAGGAACUGCAGUAAUGCGAAUCUUAGCAUAUUUCCAGGCUCAGGCAGAAAUUGCUGUAAAUCCUAUGGCUGUUUAUAUACCAAGAGAAGCUUGGGAUCCCUUUGAUCCAAUGUUAAUAGCUGAUGGAUUAUUUGCUGCUGGAAAUAUUUUUGCGGCCUUAAAAUUGGUUCAUAUAUUUUCUAUUAAUCCAUACCUAGGGCCACUGCAAAUAUCUCUAGGGAGAAUGGUUAUUGAUAUUAUCAAAUUCUUUUUUAUUUACGCUCUCGUAUUAUUUGCUUUUGCUUGUGGAUUAAAUCAACUUUUGUGGUAUUACGCUGACAUGGAGAGACAGCAAUGCUACAGUGGACCAGGAGGCACUGAAAACUGGACUCAACAAAGAGACUCUUGUUUAGCUUGGAGGAGAUUUUCAAACCUUUUCGAAUCAUCUCAAACGCUCUUCUGGGCUAGCUUUGGCCUCGUUGAUAUAAGUAAUUUUGAACUUACCGGAAUUAAGACCUACACUCGGUUCUGGGGUCUUCUCAUGUUUGGAUCAUACUCCGUUAUCAACGUGGUGGUGUUGUUAAACCUCCUCAUUGCUAUGAUGAGUAACUCUUAUAACGUUAUAUCGGAAAGAGCGGAUGUUGAAUGGAAAUUCGCUCGUACUACGCUUUUUAUGAACUACUUCGAAGAAGGAGGCACAGUGCCACCACCAUUUAACAUCUUCCCCACUUUCAAACAUCUGAUCAGACAUUUUGGGAAGAAAGACUCCUUUAAAGACAUGUCUUUCAAGAGGAAAGAGACAAAGAUGAAAGAAAGAGAUUCUAUUUAUCAGAGUGUGAUGUGUAAUUUAGUAUGGAGAUAUGUAACCGCUCAGCAGAAAGAAACUGAAAGCCACCCAGUUACAGAAGACAAUAUCAAUGAAUUGCGGCAAGACGUAUACACCUUCCGUCAUGAUCUCAUGCGAGUGCUGAAAAGUAAUGGUAUGAAUAUCAGAGACAUAGAAAAAGAAAAAAUAGAUGUAACCGGCAAGAGAGUACAAAUCAGAAAGCGCCGACUUAUAAAAGACUUCAGUAUAGGAUUAAUGGAAGUAUGUACAGAUGAGGCAGCACCUGAGGUAGCAAGCAAUAAAAGUAUGCUAGCAAGAUUAGUUGGACUAUCUGGCAGCGAGACUCGUAGUUCUCAAAGAUGGAGAGAUCUAAUUCAAGCAGCCAAGAAAUCGAAAAUAAUAGGAAACAAAGACGGCGAAAGCGGACGCUUUGGUAGCCUUAAAAGACAAAGAAGUGAAAAUGACACAGAAGAAGAAUUAUCAGAUCCAAAUUACAAAGAAUUUCAGAAAAUCGAACUGAAAGAAGAAGAAUUUCAGAAUUCUGGAAGUAAUUUAUACCCCAAAAUACCUGAAGAAGAUUUAAUUAAUUCAGGGCAGCACAAUCGAGGAUUGGCUGUGAUAACACAACCAGUCUCUAAAUCUAAGACUUUACUGCAAAUUAAAGAAACAUCUCAAACUAAACCAGAAUCACAGAGCAGUUUAACAAGCGGGAUAAAGUUAUCACCAGAAGCUUUGAUGAAGCAUUCAAUUCAAAAGCCAAAAGAAGGGAAAUAUAAAGCACCAAAACCCAAGGAAAAUAUAAUGCAGGAUUCUCCCAGCACCGAUGCAAAAAGUGUACCAAUCGGUUCUCCUUCACUUUUAUCUAAAAAAAAUACAGCUUCAGAAGGGAUAAGUAAAAUCCCGAAAAUUUCUGAUGACACAUUAAAGAGUCAUCUCGAAAAAGAAAAUGUUAUGUACAGGAAUACUACAAUAACAGUCACUUCGUCACCAGAGAGAAAGCCGACAAAAUCAAGAAUUGAAUCAACUACCUCAGUAGAGAUUGUACGAGAACAACCAAAUACUACCGAGCUAAUUGAUUUUAAAGAAAAUGAUAAUACAAAACAGCCAGAGAGUAGCACGACUGUGCGAAUAGAUAAUUUAGAUCCGAUUCCGAUUAACAGACAGGUUAAAUCUGAACCAAAAGAAAUUCCCUUAGAACAAGUUAAACAAGACAAAAUCCAUAUUGAGAAGAAUCAGCAUUCAGAGAUAUCAGGAAAUAAAAACUUCAGUCAGUAUCAGAUGGACAGUGAAGAUAACAAGGUUAAGAAAUCAGAAGUCGCAUCCAGUACUCUUAAACAGAAAGAAGGAUGGCUUUAAGAAGCAAAAUUUACAUUUCGAUAUUCUUAGGUUUUGCCUGCUAAUCUCAAAUGCUGAAUCAAAAUGGACUUUGUAUUUCUAAAGACGUAGAUGAAAAUAGAAAAUAAAAUGACUUAGUUUUCAAG